UUCGCUGGAUUAAAAUGACUAAAUCGCUCUAGAAUUCUAUCCAACCACAACCUGAGAAAUUUCAAAAGCUGUCCAAAUUCCCCCAAUCCUAUUCACCUCUGUUCUCCCCUCCGGCGUGGUUCAUCCAAAGGAACGAAACCGCCGCCGGCGCCGGCGCGCCGCCAUCCUCGACCUUCGAGGAAUCGGCGUGAGGGAGGGAGAAGGGCUACCAGGGAGGGCCCCACUGCGCCGGGAUUUCCGCCGGCGCCAACCCGCGCCUCGCCGCUAGGAGCGUCGAUGCUGCUAGCUUUCUGCUGCGCGCCACACGCGUCUGUCAACCCCGGCCGCUGCAGCCUUCCUCUUCCGUGCCGCCCCGCAGCUUUGCUUCCGCCUCGGGCGGUUCCUCCACCUGCCGCAUGCUUCAGUACGCUGUCGCGCACGGCUGCUGACGGCCUGACCUGCCACCGCGGCUGUCAGCCCACCCCACCACAUACGUCCGCUUGGUCCUUUGACUGCUUUACUGGAGGCUGAAUCUUACUUCUCAUCAACCACUUAAACAUCGUUAGCUUGUAUGUGAUGUGCAAGACAAAAUGACCUCUUCUGGCGAUAGGAGUCCCGAAUUAGAAGAAGAUGUGAAUGUAUGCGACAUAUGCGGUGAUGUUGGUGUGGAGGACAAGCUCGCUAUUUGCAGUAGAUGCAAUGAUGGUGCUGAACAUACUUAUUGUAUGAAAGUAAAGAUAGAAGAAGUUCCAGUGGGUGAAUGGUUGUGUGAAGAGUGCCAAGCUGAGGUACAAAUUGAAAUUGAAAAGAAGAAACUAGAAAUAUCUCAAGCAAAGGCUGGAACAAUUUCUUCAGAGAAUGAUGUGGAAGCUGAACAUGUUGGCAAUAAAAAGCCAAAUAAAGCAUUCAAGUGCAAUGAAACUAGUCGUGCUACUAUUGAUAAUACAUCUACAUCUACACCAAAAGUACAAGAUGGUGUCUCGUGCUUUGGUGGCAGUGAGGCUGUUAAUAGAGAUAAAUCAUAUCGCGAUUGUGAACAAACAUCCGGUGAGAGAAGCACCUCCUUUAAUUUGAGGUCACCGGACGGAGAGAGGCACAGUUACGAAAAAUGCAACUAUGAUGUUUCAUGUAAUUUUGAGGUCAAAGACACAUCUAAUGUGGCUGCAAUGAAUGGACAGAUAAAGAUACAGAGUGAGGUAAAUUGUGAUUAUGUUGGGCAUGUGAGUUCAAACCUGGUGAUACUAUGUGACGUAUGUGGAGAUGUUGGCAAAAAGAAGCAUCUUGCUGUUUGCAGUAGAUGCACUGAUGGUGCUGAGCAUAUUUACUGUAUGCAGGUGAUGGUUAAAGAGGUUCCACAAUGGUGGCUGUGCGAAACAUGCCAAAGCGAGGUACAGGCUGAGAAGAAAAAUAAUAAACUAGAAAACUCUCAAGUCAAGAUUGAUGCCUCUGAAGGAGAGCCGAUUGAAGUGAAAGUGAACAAACCCGCCAAUGGUGCAAACACACAAAGUUCUUCCAAAGAUGAAGUGGACGCUAAAUAUGUUGGCAGUGGAGAGUCAAAAAGACGAAAUCAUGCUUCAUUGGUUGGACAAAAUUCUCCUGAUUCCAGAAAAAGAGUUCUACUAUCACGUGGAUGUUCAUUCAAGUUUGGUACGGAGAAAGGAAAUCAUUCCACUAGCCAAGUGCCACUGUCAUUGGCACCUAAUGCUCCUAAGAACAGGAGUCAACCUCAUCAUGGAUUUGCUGCAGGUUCUCUAUCCAUGUCUGUUUCAUUCAACAGCUGCAAGAUUCCCAAGGUGAAGCAGCUUUUGAGUGAAGUUCCUCUGAAGCCCAAACAUUCGAAGGAACCUUCAUCCUCUAUCACAAAACAAGUGGGCCCAAUGAGCACACUUACCACGUCAUCAUCGUUCAAAAGGUCAAACUUUUGUGACAUAGCACAUAAGGCAAAGACUCUCAUCAAGCCAAACUCUGAGACAAGAGUGCUGAAUCCACCGACAAGACAGACCAUGAACACUAACAGAGGCACUUCUAUUGGGUGCCCCUCUGUUAGUGCGUCAAUGGCUGCUCUUGUUCCUUCACCAGCAGAAUCUGCAUUUCAACAUCUGACUAAAGGAAAUAAUAUGGUGGAGUCGAGUUAUGUAAGCAUUCCUUAUGGACAGAGCAGCAAAACUCUUGAGGUGGUUUUGAGCUGUGGAGGACUGGAGGAUCACCUGAGCUUUGUGAUGGUUUUCAAGCCCACCUAUCAUGUUCUGCAUCACCAAAACUGCUUGAGCUAGCAAAGAAAUUCCCUUCUAAAAUCCAGCUUGAGGAACUUCCUCGUGAUAAUGUAUGGCCCCUACAAUUUCAGGAAAAUUGUCCCACAUUUGACAGUAUUGGUCUUUUCUUCUUUGCUAGAGAUAUUCAGAGCUAUGAAAAUCAUUACAGCAAGCUAGUGGAAAAUAUAAUAAAGUGUGAUUUAGCACUCAGAGGAAAUAUUGAUACUGCUGAAUUGCUCAUAUUUGCUUCCAGUACCCUAUCAAAGAACUGCCAAAGAUGGAACAUGCUCAUUUUUCUGUGGGGUGUGCUGAGAGUUGGGACCAAUAAUCCUUUGAGUCUUCCACUUGACACAACCGGAGGGUGACCCCAAACAUGGAUGAAAAUGGGACUACCGGAUUCCAGCACUACUCCCUAUGAAACUACCCAAACCUGUUGGCUACAAAGGACCACGGUACCACAGGGGUCUGAGGCGGUCUAAAGUAAACUUUCUAUUUCAGCACACCAAGAUAAGCUGUUGGGAUCUUCUGAUUUUAAUGGUGUUGAAGUUACUCUUGAUGUGCUUGCCACACCAGUUCACUGCUCCGACUCCACAAUCCAUGAAG